CACUUUGACUGAGGAGACAUGGCGUCGACAAACCACAGCAUUACAACUGAGGAUUACUCGGAGUACUAUAGUGCAACAGAAAGUGGCAGCUUCCAGCUCUGCAGCAACAGCAAUGUAAGUGCAUUCAGCCAGGUCUUCCUGCCUACCCUCUACAGCAUCGUCUUUGUUAUAGGCUUUAUUGGCAACGGCCUGGUGUUGUGCGUCCUGGUCAAAUACCACCAACGUUCAAAUGUGACAGAUGUCUGUCUCUUCAACCUGACGCUUUCAGACCUGCUCUUUCUCAUCUCGUUACCUUUCUGGGCUCACUACGCUGCCAUCAGUGAGUGGACCUUUGGGAACUUCAUGUGCCAUGCAGUGACGGCGUUUUACAUGCUAGGAUUCUAUGGAAGCAUCUUUUUCAUGAUCCUCAUGACAUUGGAUCGCUAUGCCGUCAUUGUCCAUGCUCAGACCUCCCUCUUUUCCAAGCACCGGUCUGUCAGAGCUAGCAUAGUUAUGGCUUUCUUUAUGUGGGUACUUAGCUUUGCAGCUUCUCUGCCCAACAUCAUUUUCUCCCAAGCGAAGAAUACAUCGGCAGGCUGGACAUGCAAAGAGGAAUAUCCAGAAGGAACAUCUUGGAAGUUAGUCUCUUACAUUGAACUCAAUAUCCUUGGCUUAAUUAUUCCUCUAUCAGUGAUGGUGUUCUGUUACUCGCGCAUCAUCCCUAUCUUAAUGGUCAUAAAGUCUCAGAAGAAGCACAAAGCUAUCAGACUCAUCCUGGCUUUGGUUAUUGUAUUCUUCCUCUUCUGGACACCUUACAACAUCAUCAUCUUUCUGAAGUUCCUGCAUCAAUUAGGCUACAUGACAAGCUGCAAGUGGCAAAAUGACCUGAACAUGGCUGCUCAGUGGGUGGAAACCAUAGCGUUCAGUCACUGCUGCCUCAACCCCAUCAUCUACGCCUUUGUGGGGCAGAAAUUCAGGAAUUUGGUUAUCAAGAUACUAAAGCAAUGGUUUCCUGUUUGCUUUGUUCACUGCACAACAAUCGCCAGCGAGUUCUCCGAGAGAAAGGGCUCCAUGUCCUCACGCUCCUCAGUGGUUUCCAGCACAAAGAUUGUGUAGCCAAAAUAUAUACAGUACAUCAAAGACUAAAAGAACAUAAAAAACUUAAAACUUUAUUGCUUUUAUUUUAAAGUGCAUUUACAUUUGUAAACCAUUCAACAUAUUUA